AUCGUUUCUUAAUAAGCCCCCCACAACAGCACACCUCGAUGGGGAAGCUCACAUCACCUGCUUACAAUGAGAUGCGUGAGUAAGGUAUUGGUAGGCCUGGUGUCUAAUGAAUAACGCGUCACAUCCCGAAGCAAACCAUCGCCACGAUGUCAGUGCACGCCCUAGCCCUCUCACCAACUCAUGACUUCACCAAACAGCCCGUGUCCCGCCUCACCCUCCUCGCCGGAUUGGGCGUGCAAGGCGACUGCCACGCCGGCGUGACUGUACAGCACCGCAGCCGGUUGCACAUCCAGCCGCCGCCGCCCAACCUGCGCCAAGUGCACCUCAUCCCCAAGGAGAUCCUCGACGAGUGCGGCGUCGAGCCGGGGGAGAUCGGUGAGAACGUGACGACUGUCGGGGUUGAUCUGCUGGCGCUGGGCAGGGGGACGAGGCUGCACUUCUUGCCUUCCUCUUCUAGUCCUCGUGUCCCAACAGGCAGUGAUGCACGGGAUGUGAUGUCGCAGCCGCACCCGGUUGUGGUCGUUCAGGGGCUGCGUAACCCUUGUCCGCAGAUUGACAAGUUUAGAGCGGGGCUGAAGGAGCAGUUCAUCGUACGGGACGAGGAGAGGCGGAUCGUGGGAAGAAGGGCGGGUGUGAUGGGCACGGUUGAGGUGGGCGGCGAGGUGAGUGUGGAGAUGAGGAUUGUAGUGGAGAGUACGGGGGACUUUGAGGCACUGGGUUGUGUGUAGAAUGCGAGCGGAUCCGAUCUUGAAACGGUACCUUCCAGAUGUAGAGGGUUAGAACGGCGUCGAAGACUGUGCUUUUCUUCUCUCUUAUAUUUCUGUUCUCUUCAUCGAUUCCCACCUCUUUAAGUUCCACUUCCUCCAAGCUGAAGCAUGAUGGCUGGCCUAUAAAGCUUGAGCGUUGCUUCACACUACUGAUGCUAGGCAUUAGUUUGGAGAUUAUAGACUUUAAUGUGAUCGUGAUUCUUUAGCGCGGAUGAGGUCUCAUCCACUUAUAGGAUGCUUGAAUUGUGUAACUAGG